AUGCACCGAGAAUUUGUACGUGCCGUACAAUCCCCCACUCGCUGCUUCUCGGUGUCGUCGUCAACUGUAGACCUACACAAAGUUGCCCUUUGUGCACCUCGUAUUCUCACCUCUUAUUAUUACCCAACUACCGAUUACUCUUACAUUAACAUGAAUCUCAAAGUUGCCACACUCACACUCGUUGCCGGAUCUGCCGUUGCAUUCACGACCCCUAACCAAGGCCGUCCCGAUACUUCCUUGUUCAAGUACCGUCCCACGACGGCGUCCUGGAAGUCUGGCGGUGGCUACGGCGGAAACUCCUGGAGUACUCCUGCUCCCGUCGGAGGAACUGGUUCUUUGGGAACCGGAUACAAUCCGGGUGCGGCUGCCCCGGCUUCCAACGGAUACGGAAGCUCCAACGACGCUUACACGCAACAGUCCAACGCUGCCUACUCGCAACAGGCCGUCGACCCUUACACGCAACAGUCCAACAUGUACGCUGCCGCCAACAACAAUAACAACAACAACUCGUACGGAGCUUCUUCGUACACGCCCGCCCCCAGCAACCCGCCACCGGCCUACAAUUCCAUGCCGGGAGCAGUUAGCAGUAGCUCGGGCCCUGCCAAGAACUACGCACCCACCAAGUGGUCUCCGCGUGGUGGAUCCUCGGCGGGAUUUGGCGGAAAUUCUUUCGGAGCCACCAACACUGGAGCCAUGGGCACUGGUUACAAUCCGGCUGCGGCCGCCCCGAUCAGCGACAGCUACAGUGCACCUCAACAAACCCAGUCCAGUUCGAACGCCUACGGAAACUUGGCCGCCGAGUGGGGUAGCAUGAACGUCGGAAACCCGAGUGCUGCUUUCUAA